UAAUAAUAAUAAUAAUAAAUAUAUUAUUCUUUCAUAAUGGCACCAAUGGAAAAAAUGAGAGGAUGUUCAUUAAUUAAUGAUUUAAAAUUUUUAAUAAAUAAUAAAAAUUAUAGUGAUAUAAAAAUAAUAUGUCAAGAUGAUUCAAUAAUUUAUGGUAAUAGAGCUAUAUUAGCUGCAAGAUCAAAUGUUCUUGAUCGUUUAUUAUUUAAUGGUAUGAAAGAAUCUACUAUUAAUGAAAUCAGAUUUCCUGAAAUAAAUUUUAAUGCUAUGGAAAUUAUAUUAGAAUAUUUAUAUACAGAAAAUUUUGAAUCUGAUUCAAUUUCUUUGGAUAUAAGUAUUGAAGCUUAUCAUGCAGCAGAUUAUUUUCAAUUGGAAAUUUUACAAGAAAAAAUUGUAAAUUUUGUUAAAAAAUCCCUUAAAGAACAUCAUCAACAAUGUGAUUUAAAAGAGAAAGGUAGAAUUUUAGCACCUGUAUUAUUAUCAAAAGCUGUAGAAAAAAUGUCUCCUUUAGCUGAUAAUGAAAUGAUUAAAUUAAUAAUUGAAUGGAUCUCUAAAACUCCUUUGGAAACUAUUGGAUUUGAUAAUUUAUCUUUUCAAGCUUUACAAUGUUUAUUAUCUCAAACUUAUUCAACUCAAAAUCCUUUCGUUACCUCUGAAUAUAUGGUAUUUCGUUAUUCUGUUAUACAAGCUGCUAAUAAUAUAUCUGAAAAUGCCAUUUCUAUUAUUGAAAAAUUAUUACCAAAUUUUGAUGAUUUAAAAAAAAAAAAUAAUAAUAAUAAUUUUAAUGAAGAAUGUAAUGAAAAUGAUUAUGAUGAAUAUUUUUCUCAAUUUGAAGAAUUUCGUUUAGAGAUAAAAGAAAUGUUAUCAAUUAUACUUCCUUUUAUUGAUUUAAGAAGAAUUGAUAUAAAUAUUUUGGUUGAUAAGAUUGAACCUUUACAAUUAUUACCUACUCCUCUUUUAUUAGAUGCUUAUAGAUUUCAAGCUAGAGAGAAGAAAUCUUUACCUCAUAUACGUGGAAUUCCUUUAUUUGAUUGGAAUUUACAAUGGGAUAAAAUUGCUAAAGGUUCAAAUUUAAUAUUAAAAGAAUAUAAUACUGUAGUAGAAAGUAAUCCUGGUGGUUUAAAUACUACUCAUCAAAAUAUAAGAGCAAAUAAUAUAAUUAAUGGUGAAGGAAUUUAUGAAUGGGAAGUUAUUAUUGAAGAAACUUGUAUAUAUGCUUGGGUUGGUGUUUGUACUGAACGCGGCCUUGAUUACAAUAUUUUUGCUGGUCAACAAUCUUGUGCUUGGGUUUUAGGUUCUAGUGGAAAAUGUUAUCAUAAUAAUAUUGGUUCACAUUAUGUAUCUGAAUUUUCUUCUGGUACAAAAAUUAUUGUACAUUUAAAUAUGACUGAAAGAUCUAUCGCUUUCUCUGUUAAUGGUGUUAUGCAUCCUCCUGUAUCAACUUGGGAUAAUCUUCCAUCAAAACUUUAUCCUAUCGUCUCUUUAAAUUCUCCUGGAAGAAUUCGUCUUGGUCCUGUUAGAGAUUGGAAUCAUAUUCAACAUAAUAAUAGAAAAUUUUAAUAUAAUUAAUUAUCAAUAUACUUUUUUUUUUUACUUAAUUCUUUUAAAUAUUUAUUCGUUCAUUCAUUCAGAGUUUUGAAAUUUUUUCCUUUGUGACACAUGUAUUCGCAUAUUUAUUUUGGUUUAUUUUUUUUUUUUUUUA